UUUUAACGCAUUACCAGACGAUAGCACUUAAGAUUAGUGCCUUAAGAAUUCGUAACCAGAUGGCGGGCGGCGAUUUUAGAUUCAGUUCACUACGACAUGGAAUACAAAGAAUCGUURGGUUUUUAUAAACACCGAGGAACGCGAUGAUGUUGUCGAUAAUCUAGAGGUCGUUUCUUAGUAUUGUUUAUCGGCUCGUCUUGCGAGGCGAUUUCAAGAGUUAUCUUCACUGGAAGAUUACAAGGAUCAAGAGGUUGUUUCAUGCCGGUCAAGAGGGCGCUUUCCGGUACUAUUAGUAACUUUGUCAAACCCAUUCUAGACAGGCUUGUGAAGACGACAUCAACAGCAUCGCGACCGCGAUCUUUAAAACAUAAACCAUGAACAUAACAAAUUCCACCCUGCCUGUUCAUCCAGAAAUGGCAAUAUACCCGACAUUUUCAAGGGAGCUAUGGUAUUGGUUAGCGCGAGGUAUAAUUGCGAUCAUAACAAUCUUUGGCAAUGGUUUAGUCAUAUAUCUCAUAUCAAGUAGAGUUGUUCUGCGAGAACAACCUUCGCCGAACUGGUUUGUACUUUCGAUGGCCGUGGCGGAUUUUUGUGUUGGAUUUAUMAACUUUCCUUUGAACAUUUACUUUGCCUUCACCCUCUUGCCUUCUGUCAAAGAUCCUGGUGAGCAAUGGGCUGUUCUUAGCCUUGUACAAAACGUUUCCUUCAAUGCAUCGGUGACGAACCUUGUACUGCUGACUCUYGAUCGUUAUCUSGCCGUGGUUCAUCCCUUCACGUACGAAUCAUUUAUGACGGCAAAAAGGGUCCUUUGGUUGAUUAUACUUGCAUGGGGUGUAGCGACACUCAUGGAGAUACCAUACCUCGUCCUGGACCUUCAAGGACGAGCAGGCACUGAUCCGAAUGAUUACUUAGUAAUGCUUGUUAUAUACUCAGUCGUGUUGGUCUUCCUGCCGUCCUUCUUCAUGAUAUACGCGUACGGACGAAUCAUUUGUGUCGCUAGAAGACACAAACAGAAGAUCAAAGAGCACGAAAAACAGCUUGCGUCGAAUUCAUCGAUACGACGCGGAAAGAUGGCUCAUAGCGGAAACAAAAACGGAGCGAUGGUAACAGUUGGGACACUUGUACUUAUUUUCGUGCUGUCGAAUCUUGUUACGGAAUAUCGUUGCCUCUGUUAUCUUAUACCAAGCUGUUUCGAAAGCAUACAAGCAGCUUACGUAUUUUUAUUCUUAAGRAAUCUGAACUCAGCGCCCAACUUUAUCGUUUACGCAUUCAUGAAACAGGACUUUCGGCGGGAAUUACGUAAGACUAUUCGGCGGACAUUUCGAUAAUUGUAAUUUCAUUAAAAAAUAGGCGGUUUAAAGUUCAAACAUUCGGCGUAAUGUGUUGUAUAAUCAAAGAUGGUUCAUGUAGCGUGAUAGAUCUCGUAAAUAAACGCACGAACUCUG